GAAAGGGACAUGACGACGGUCCUCGGGCUGCGUCGUUGGUCCCCAGCGUCCUCGCGGCUAUGGAGUAAGCCCCUCCCCGCCAGCUGGCCGCCGCCCGGGACACCGCGGGGCUCAGGCGGCCGCGAAGACGCUGUUCUGCGCCCUGGGGGCAGCGGCGGGGACCACAGGCGGCCCAGUCGCGGGACGGGCCGAGGGUUGUGAUGAUGUCAGACAUGGCUAAAGACAGAGCAGCUCGUUUGUGGAAGAAAAGGCGGAGUCUGUCCUCGCUAAGCGGUCCUGAGCUCCGGAGGAGGGAAGUCCAGGGGCGCGCCAAGGACUCAGUGAGCACCGUGUCCUACCUGGAUGAACCCAGCCAGCGUGACGAUGCCUCUUGCCUUACCAUUCAGAGGGGACACACCUAUCAGUUGGGUCAGACUGCAGCUGCUGGGGUCCACCCUGCAGCCACAUCAGGACGGCCCGUCUGGGGAGGACGCCAGCGUGUGGGAAGUGUUAACAGAUCCUCGGUACUGAAAGAGACACACAGAGGUCAACUGAGCUCAGCUUUCCUGAUUCUCCAGCCCGCCUCUAGUGUCAGGUGCUCUUGGACAGAACCUGUCAGUCCCUGGGCACCAACUUCUGCAACCCCAGGGGCCUCACAUCUCUCCCAACUUGCACCUUCUCAGCAAGGUCCUCCCAAACAUUUUCCCGUGGUCACUGUUGAUCAUAUUUUGAAAGAUGUGUUAACUAACUAUCUACAAGAAGAAGAAUAUGAGCCAGAGCUCUGCAGACAGAUGGCUAAAACAAUUUCCGAGGUUAUCAAAGCCCGGGUCAAGGACACGAUGGCCCCACGGUAUAAGCUGAUUGUGGUUGUUCACAUUGGGCAGCUGGAUGGUCAGAGCAUCCUCAUUGGAAGUCGAUGUCUCUGGGACCCUAAAAGUGACAUCUUUUCAUCUUAUGUUUUCAGAAAUUCUUCUCUCUUUGCUCUUGCAAAUGUCUAUGGCGUUUACCUUGAGUGACUGAAAAUAAGAAAUCCAGUUCUUUUUAAUAUCAUGAAACAAACUGUAUCCUUGUACACAAAAGAUUCACUGCCAAAAACUUUGAGCAGGAAGUAACACUUGUAUUUCACACACCCUGGGGCUUUUGGAUUUUUCUCGUACUCUUGUAAGAAUUGGGGGGAGGAAAGGAGGGCACGAGAAAAGAAUCUUGUUUUGAGGAUUCAGUCUUGGGUUUGCAUAGAUGUCGAUUCCUAUUACAUAUUGCUUUGCAUACUAAUUAUUUUAAUUACCCUUUAAUUAGAGAGUUAGAAUUCCCUGCAUUAUUUUUUAAUGAAGAGAAGUUUUUAAAAGACGUGGCUGUCAAUAUUUUGACCUGACCGAUCAAUGAUAGUAGAGCAUUCAGCACGGCAGACUCAAUACACAAAUGAUAAAUAAUGCACCUCACGGCUGCAUGUGAAGGAUAUUGGUUCUCACUUUGCACUUAAUAAACUGGGCAGCGUCAUUAAGUGCAAUUAUUGUUACAUGUACCUGACAGUUGAAACUGCUGAGGUGGAAUUAAUGGCUUCAUAACAAUUACCAUGGUCCCGCGGGCCCAGGCUAAAACUGGAAGCCCUCGUGGGUUGCCUGCACUUCGCACAACUGUGAGAGGCCUGGAUGUGGCUCUCCAAUAAUGGAAACUAUAAAGCAGGCAAGGCUUUUUAGGGCCCUGAAGUCGACGUUGUGACAUUAAAUAUACAUGAUGCUUAAUAGUAAAUGUAUCUGUAACACAUAAAAUCACGUAUUAGAAAGAGACACUGCCUUUAAAUACAUACUGCCUGCUACGCCUUGGAAGGGGGUUUCCUCAGCUAACGAAGAUUUACACAAAAUAUAUAGCUAGGAGCGUCACAGAUAAAAGAUGCGUAUUUACCAUUUUGUUCCUAUGAAUUUAAUACUAGUGACCCAGGGAGGCUUUGGAUAGAUGGGCACUAAAAUUUACAGGACUGAAAUAGCUUAUUACUCCACUGGUUAAUAUAUCUUGUAAUGGAUCAUUUGCUUUUAUGGAGCUUUCAGGCCUUUGUGUGUGUGUAAAAUGACGCUGAGGCCUUGUUCUUGGAUGUAAGUGGACUACCCGGAGGACAUUUGUUAAAGGUCAAAGACAAAUUGUACACAUAUGGAGAAAAUUAACCAUGCUUUAGUCUGAAAGAAAAAAAUAACGUGUGAUUCAUAUCAGAAAGAGUUUAACACAUGGAAAUCCCAUCAAUGCUUUAUAAUUUUAAAAUGUUGUGCCGUCUUUCCCCUAAAAUGACGUGUUGUAAAAAAAUGGAUACUUUUAAAAAUCUCUUUCUGCUUCUUCUGGCUUUUAAAGUGGCUUUUCAAAAUGAAUAUGUCAAUUUUCAUUUUUUUUUUUCCUGUUAGUGCUUUAGUGGGAAUAUUUCUGUGUCAUAAUUUAUCACAACCAAUAUUGUCCCAUCUCCACCAGCCGGUUUUGAGUCUGGAUCAAAUUAUGAGUGUAGUAAAUAAAGGGGAUCAAAUUAUGAGUGUAGUAAAUAAAUGGGCAUUUUCUUUAUACAUUUUUGUGAACAUUUCCCUUCUUGGAAUAAUAGCAGAGGCAGUUAUGUAACAAUUUUGCAUGAAUAAGUCAGAAUAAAGAAACU